UUCCACCCAAAAACGCUUCCUGACCCGGGGCGAGCAGAGCACAGGUUCCUGGGUGGAGCUCCACUUCAGCAGUAAUGGAAACAGCAGCGGCAACCCCGGCACGCCGACGAGCCAAGAGCAAGUACCAGCCUCCCUUUCCAUUCACAACGGCGACAUGGAGAAAAUACUCCUCGAUGCUCAGCACGAGUCGGGAAGAAGCAGUUCCAGGGAAAGUUCGCACUGCGACAGCCCUCCUCGUUCCCAGACACCUCAGGACAGUCACAGAGCUUUGGAAAUAGAGAGUCACAGCAGCGGAGAGAAGAAUAGCUUUCAG